AUGACACAGUUAAAGAGUGUUGGAAGCUAUGCCCUUAUGUUCAAGCCAAUUCUUAAAAGCCUCCAAUUCAAUCUAAAUCUUUUAGCUCCAGUGGUUGAGGAGAUAAGACAAUUAAACAAAAAGCUUGAUCACCCAGAAGGGGAAACAAUGAGCUUGAUCGAAGAUAUGAGGAAGGCCCAGGAGCUCGUUGUUCCUGGACCCCCGGAUAUUACUGCUGGGAUGGAUGAACCUUUGAAGGUCUUGAAGAUGAAGCUGCUAGAGGAGAAGCAGCGGCUUCUACUGACUACUCUUGGAGGAUGUAGAAAUACCACAUUGGUGAAAAUGCUUGGUUAUGACCAGGAAAUUAAAGAAUUCCAUCUUGAGAAGUUUAAGUUUGAUAUGCCAAAUUACAAUAUUCUGGUGACCUCAAGAACUACACUUCCAGGAUAUAGCUUUACAUAUAACUUAAAACCGUUAAAUGAUGAAGAUGCAACGACUCUACUACAUCACUCAGCAUCACUGCAAGAUGGGAGUUCUCACAUUUCAGUUGAAGUUAUCAAAAAAAUAGUGAGAGGCUGUGGGAGGUUCCCACUAGCCCCCAAAGUGAAUGGCAAAUCACUCCGUGGGAAGCCUGUAGAGGCUUGGCGCAGUAGAGGUAGAAAAUGGUCUAGUGGUCAUUCUAUCUUCAAUUCUAGUUCAGAUCUGAUUCAUUGUCUUCAAAAAAGCCUAGAACUUUCAGUUGAUGAGGACAAUUUAAAAGAGUGUUUUAUGGAUCUAGGUUCAUUUCGUGAAGACCAAAGGAUCCCUGUUCUUGCCCUCAUUGAUGUGUGGCAAGAAUUAUAUAAACACGAUGAAGAUGGCAUUGAUGCCAUUGCCAUUUUACAUGAACUCACCUCUCGAAAUCUGGCUAAUCUUGUGAUGACAAGGAAAAAUGCAAGUGAGAUCAACGAUUAUUAUAACUAG